UACUGUUCAUGGUACCAUAUAUGGGUAACAUUUUCUAAACAAUACUGAAAUAAUACUUCAUAUUUCAUAAAAUUUAAUCAACACUACGUCCCUUUAAGAAAGGAUAGAUGAAUUUACCAUCUCAGUUUGAAAAUACACGUUGUCUUGAAAAGUUUCACCUGGAGAAUAAAUUAGCAAACAUUUUGGAAAAACUAUUUUGAAAUCAGUGCAAGAUUGUGCAACAGCAAAAUUCUGAAGAACCGGUAUAUCAACUUACAAUGGAAACCCCUCUACCAGUAAAUUAUUCUAGCUCACGUCCAAUUCAAUAUUAUCAAUACAAUAUUCCGAUGUCGUCUGAAAACCAAUCAGAUCAACAAAUUAAUAUACAAAAGCUUAUUAAAAAUGAUCAUGGCUACUUUCAAAAUCAAUCGAAACAAGAAAAAGAAAUAUACCAACCACAUUAUGUCGACGAAAAACCCAUGAUGCUUAACGCAUGGUCUCAAACAACAUCAGAUGAUUUCCCUAAAUUAUCCUGUGGAUCAAAUAAAGAAGUCGAAAUGGAGCUUCUAGCUAGAAUAAGAGAUCUAGAAUCAACACUGAGAUCGCAGAAUGAUAUAAUAUCACAUCUUCAAAACCAAACAACCAGAACACCAUCUCCUCGUCAAGAUGUUCCAAAUUCCACAACUUCGACUCCAUUAUCAUCAAACUCACAAGAAGGCACAAGGUAUCGGAUAUUAAGUCAAUCCAUUGAAGUUUCAAAUGAUUCACAAAUACUAAUAGAGCAAGUUGCUCCAUCACCUAGUUUGAAUAACUCUAACGAUUCUGAUCGUUUGGAAAUUUGUAUGAGCGAUGAAAAUGACUCGAAUCCAGAGAGGCCUGAUUUAGAAAAUGCUACAGUUUCCAUUGGACCAAAUGGCACACAAAUCCCGGUGCAUGCUUAUGAAAAAAUGACUUGGACAUCACCAUCAUUAGCAACACGAAAACUUCUCAGUCUUGUUUUUGAUCGGGAAACUCUGGCAACACACUCAAUGACUGGAAAAGCAUCACCAGCUUUCAAAGAUCUCGAUAAACCAAUUAAAGGCAAACUAGAUCCAAGUGCUGUUAACGAUAUAAUUUUUAUUGUAUCGAAGAAAUGUGGAGUUUCAAGUAAGGAAAUUCGAUCUGCUAUCACAACAAAGUGUGCAGAUGAAAAUAAAAUGUGCAAGCUGAAAGCUUUGAAAAAGUUGGAAGUAUCAUCAAACUCAACUAGAUCAGCGCUUAAGGAGAUUUUGAAAAAUAAAUCAAAUCGAAUUAAUGACAACGGUUGGAUGAAAUAAAUUUAAUACAAAAUUUGAAUAUUACCAAUUGUAAUAUGACUGAGAUUUUAAAUUCUAAAAUUUAUCUAAAUUUUUAAUUUAAUUUUAACUAAGCAUAAAACAUAUAAAUUUAUAAGAUUUAACGAGUAAUUUAAGAAAAAGGUUAUA